AUGGGUGUUUGGGGCAGAAUAGUGUACCAAUUUAGGUGCGUGCUGGGUGUGACGCUAUUGAGUACUUGCGCCCUGUAUGGAGUGUUAGCAUCCAUAGUUCUCACUCUAGUUGGGAAAAGACACCUUGCUCAGUACACUACGGCUAGGUCUUUUUACUAUGUGAUGGGAACAUUUUUGGGUAUAGACGUGGAGGUUAUCAAUCCUGAAAACCUAGAUAAACUACCGGCCAUUUUCGUGGCCAACCACCAAUCGGCUCUGGACAUUCUAAUGUUGGGUAGAACUUUUCCUCCAGGGUGCACGGUAACAGCCAAAAGCUCAUUAAAAUGGGUUCCAUUUUUGGGCUGGUUUAUGAGUCUGAGCGGAACUCUCUUCCUGGACCGUGGUAAUCGUGAAAAGAGUGUCAAAACUCUAUCCAAAGCCAUUGAAAACAUUAGAAGUAAAAAACGCGCUAUUUGGAUCUUCCCAGAAGGUACCAGAUCUCAUUCUACCAAGCCUUGCUUGUUACCAUUCAAAAAGGGCGCUUUCCAUCUCGCCCAGCAGGGUAAAGUGCCAAUUGUACCGAUCGUGGUAUCCAAUACAAGCACCAUUAUGAACUCCAAGUUCAAGGUUUUCAACCGUGGUGUCAUUACGGUCAAGGUUUUAGAUCCAAUUUCCACCUCAGACCUUAAGAAAGAGGACGUCAGUGCUUUCACUGAAAGAGUGAAGGAACUCAUGGAACGUGAAAUCAAGUCCUUGGGCUACUCUAAAGCUAUUGUCGACACAAAUUUACCACCCGAUGCGAAACCUGUCACUGACGAUGCGUCUGUGAGCGAACGCUCUGAAACGGGCGACUUUACUGAAGACCGGGAUAAUUCUUCAAAAGAUACGGUGGAGGAAGUCGUGGAGGUGAUUGAAGAACAAAAUGAACCGGCUGCGGCCACGUAA